AUGCAACUAGAGGCGGCGGCAGCUGCCCUCCUGCCCUCCUCCUCCUCCUCCUCCUCCAUGGUCCCACAUGUGUUAUUAGUCCUAGUAGUGAUGCUCCUGUGCCUCGUCAAAACCCACAGGCCGUGGUGGAGGAAGGGCAGGUGCACCCCUCCGCUCCCGCCGGGGCCCGUGCCAUGGCCACUCGUUGGCAACCUGCCGGAGAUGAUGGUCAGCGACAAGCCGGCGUUCCAGUGGGUCCAUCAGAUCAUGAAGGAGACGGGAACCGACAUCGCCUGCAUCAAACUGGGCGGUGUCCACGUCAUCCCCAUCACCUGCCCCAAGAUCGCGGUCGAGGUGCUCAAGAACCAGGACGCCAACUUCGCCUCUCGCCCGCUCACCAUGGCCUCGAAGACCUUCAGCAUAGGCUACAGGGACGCCGUGAUGUCCCCCUACGGGGACCAGUGGAGGAAGAUGCGCCGCGUGCUCGCCUCCGAGAUCGUCUGCCCGUCCCGUCACAGGUGGCUCCACGACAAGCGUGCCGACGAGGCAGACAACCUCACCCGCUACGUCCACAACCUCGCGAAAGCGGGGUCCGGCGUCGUUGACGUUAGGCAUAUCGCACAACACUACUGCGGAAACGUCGUCCGCCGCCUCAUCUUCAACACGCGCUACUUUGGCAAGCCGCAGCCUGACGGUGGCCCUGGCCCGCUGGAGGUGCAGCAUGUGGACGCCGUCUUUGCGUCCCUGGGCCUCCUGUACUCCUUCUGUGUCUCUGACUAUCUCCCGUGGCUGCUGGGCCUCGACCUAGACGGCCACGAGAAGAUGGUCAAGGAGGCCAAUGAGAGGGUAACCAGGCUGCACGACGCGGUCAUCCAUGAGCGGUGGAGACUGUGGAAGAGCGGCGAGAGGCGGGAGACCGAGGACUUCCUAGACGUGCUCAUUAUGCUCAAGGAUGCCGACGGCAGGCCGGUGCUCAGCAUCGAGGAGGUCAAAGCUCAGCUAAUGGACAUCACGUUCGCGUCAAUGGACAACCCGUCAAAUGCAGUGGAGUGGGCUCUGGCCGAGAUGGUGAACAGCCCGGAGAUGCUGAAGAAGGCAGUGGACGAGAUCGACAGCGUCGUUGGCCGGGAACGGCUGGUGCAGGAGUCCGACAUCCCGCGGCUAAACUACGUCAAGGCCUGCAUCCGCGAGGCGUUCCGCCUGCACCCUGUGGCGCCUUUCAACGUCCCCCAUGUCGCUCUCGCAGACACCACCGUUGCCGGCUACCACAUCCCCAAGGGCAGCCACGUCAUCCUCAGCCGCACUGGCCUUGGACGCAACCCUGAUGUCUGGGACGACCCUCUUCGCUUCAACCCCGAACGCCACAUCACUGUCAGUCCCGAGGUGGAGGUCUCGCUCGUUGAGCAUGAUCUACGGUUCAUCUCCUUCAGCACUGGUCGUCGCGGCUGCAUCGCUGCAGUGCUCGGCACUGCUAUGAGCAUCAUGCUCUUCGGUAGGCUCCUGCAGGGGUUCUCUUGGAGCAAGAUGGCCGGGGUGGCGGCCAUCGACCUCAGCGAGUCCAGGCACAACACCUUCAUGGCACGGCCGCUGGUGCUGCAGGCCGAGCCACGGCUUCCAGCGCAUCUCUACCCUGGGAUUUCUUUGUAA